CCCUCUUUCUCUCUCUCUCAACCCCCACACUAAUAUAGCUACAGAGCUCCUUUGUGUUCCUCUCUGCCCAAACCUAAAUGGACUCGAUCUGAUCAAAACCCACGUCCCUAAACCCUUUUCCGAUCACCCUCUUGGUCUCUGAAUCAUCAACCCGAUUCGGAUCGAGACCUCUUGGAGAUUCGGAGGAGCUCCAGCAAUGUCGACUCCUGCAAGGAAGAGGCUGAUGAGAGACUUCAAGAGGCUGCAACAGGACCCGCCUGCAGGGAUCAGUGGGGCACCCCAAGACAACAAUAUAAUGCUGUGGAAUGCUGUUAUAUUUGGUCCUGAUGAUACUCCUUGGGAUGGAGGCACAUUUAAGUUGACUCUUCAGUUCACUGAAGAUUAUCCAAACAAACCACCGACUGUGCGAUUUGUUUCUCGAAUGUUUCAUCCAAAUAUUUAUGCUGAUGGGAGUAUUUGCUUAGACAUAUUGCAAAAUCAGUGGAGUCCUAUUUAUGAUGUGGCAGCUAUACUCACGUCCAUCCAGUCACUACUGUGUGAUCCUAACCCGAAUUCUCCUGCAAAUUCAGAAGCUGCUCGCAUGUUCAGUGAGAACAAGCGAGAGUACAAUCGGAGAGUUAGGGAAAUUGUGGAACAGAGUUGGACAGCAGACUAACUCCUUCAUAAACUGCUGGUCCGGAUGCGUGCUAUAAGUGGCAUUGCUAGUUUGGGAAUGAUUGUGCAAACCUAUCAACAUUUAUCCUGUAUUUCAAUAUUUUCCUCGCGGAUUAUGACCCAUUCAUAAACUGCUGGUCCGGAUGCGUGCUAUAAGUGGCAUUGCUAUUUUGGGAAUGAUUGUGCGAACCUAUCAACAUUUAUCCUGUAUUUCGAUAUUUUCCUCGUGGAUUAUGACUCUUAGGAUUGUUUGGUCUUUCAAUUGUCUUGCCCACAUUCCUUGGUGGUCAAGCUCAUGUAAAAUAUAAUGUUUGUGUAUCAAUUUGCAUUGGUUUGUUAUGAAAUUUAUUCAGUAUUUCUAAAGAGAAACAGUAAUUUAGUAAUUUACUACAGCAGCAGUCUGUUAUUGUCACUAA